AUGUUUAGAUGUAGGACAGCGUGGCUGGUAAUUCGAAAUCACAACAAAUGGCUGCAUUUCCACGAGACUCAAAAACUCAGCUCAAGAAGCAAAUAUCAAAGCAAUCACAUACACACCAUUCGCGACCAUUUAUUUUGCCACCCGAAGUUCCAGUCGACAGCAGCGCUUCGCUCCAUCCACUUCGCAGUUUCCCUGCGAAAAGAAGAAGAAGUAAAAGCGCCAAAUUUCCCUGACUCGGUCACUACUGGUGAUGUCAAAUACGUAAAGAAAGAAGGCGACGCAGUGGCCAUGGACGAGGUUGUUAUGGAGAUCGAGACAGACAAGACAGCAUUGCCAGUCAUGUCUCCGGGGCACGGCAAGCUCGUCAGGUACCUGGUGAAGGAAGGCGAGGCCGUCAAGUCGCAGCAACCAUGUUUUAUAGUAGACGUGACCGGCGUGGCGCCCGCAGCCGCCCCCGCCCCCGCCGCCGCUCCCGCGCCCGCCGCCGCCCCCGCUCCCGCUGCCGCCCCCGCUGCCGCCCCCGCUCCCGCUGCAGCGCCCGCGCCCGCAGCACCGGCCGGAGCCCCGAUCGUGGCGAAGGUUUCUACUAAAGCAGCGGGCCCUACUUUAGCAGCGCAACGUCUCACAGAUCCAACGAAGACGAUAUCCGGCACUCGCACCGAGCAUCCCGUGCCCAUGAAUAAGAUGCGUCUGCGCAUCGCACAGCGGCUGAAGGAAGCACAGAACACUACGGCCAUGCUUACCACAUUCAACGAAUGUGACAUGAGUAAGUUAAUGGAGUACCGUAAGGCUAACCUAGCAGCAUUCACGAAGAAGUACGGCGUGAAGCUUUCUUUCAUGUCUCCGUUCCUCAAGGCUUCUGCCAACGCGCUCAUGGACCAGCCUGUCAUCAACGCAGUUAUCAUCGACGGCAAUAUCGUCUAUAGAUUCUUAAAAGGAUCUAUUGUUUCAGGUAAACUGACCCCAGGGGACAUGCAAGGCGGCACAUUCACAAUUAGCAACGGCGGUGUGUUUGGCUCGCUGCUUUCCAUGCCAAUCAUCAACCUGCCUCAAUCUGCCAUCCUGGGCAUGCACGCCAUUUUCCAGAGGCCUGUCGCUGUCGGAAAGAAGAUCGAAAUUAGGCCGAUGAUGUACCUGGCACUAUCCUACGAUCACAGACUAAUCGAUGGUCGCGAAGCGGUGCUCUUCCUCAGAAAAGUCAAGUCUGGAGUCGAAGACCCAACGUCCAUCCUCGCCGGAAUGUAGAUUUUAGCCAAUUUGGAAUAUGACAAAUUCAAAAAGGCAUUUAUAUGUAUGAUGGAUGAUGAUGGAUUAUAGAAUCUUAAUCUUACCCUUAUACCCUUUAACCGCUGUAGUCCGAUAUAUAAGACAAACAAUAUCCAUCAGCUCAUUUAACCGAGGUUUGAUAAAUAAGACAAAUCUUCGUAUAACUUCGUAAUACCGCCGGCGACAUAGCACGGCUCAGUGAAAAAUUCAAAGCGGUUAAAAGGAUAAUGAAUCACCACAAUCUCACAAGAAGCUCACAACUCGUGUCCAUAUUUAUCAGCGCCAUAAUUAUCUGCAUGCAUAUACUAAAAUUGCUGUGUCAAGUAUUCGAUGGCGCAAAGGACUUAUAAUUUUAUUGAAAACUUGAUAAGGUGGUUGGUUACUGAAAAAAUCGGUUGCGUUUUCCUUUUUGAGAUACGGAACCCUAAAAAGGACAACACACAAGGAAUUGCAUGCGCUGCAUUGCCGGCCGCCUUUUCGUAUUUGUACACGAGAUUGUCACCAGGCAGCCCUAAUAUUAUUUUUGCAUAAAGAUUUUUUAUUUUGUUUUAAUACGCCCCUACUGGUGGUCUUCUACAUUUUCUAGAAAUAAAGCGUUGGCAUUCCCAUUUUGCUUACGCCGGGCACAGAUGGGAAUAAGUUCAUCAUUGUACUUACAUUAGCCAUAUCAUGUCCCAUCUGUCUGUGUCAUGUGUGGAUGUGGCUACGUCUUAUGGAGCACAGAUGAAUGGGAACACACCUAGUACGUCUUUGGUAAUAUGUUUAUACUCGUGUAAUAAGUAUCCUGGACUGAUUGCUGACAAUUCAAAAUAAAAGUAAAUUGAUAUGC